AUGGGGACGGCCAAUGGGCGGGCGAGGCGGGUCUGGAGCGCGGUCGGCGGAGGGAAGAUGGCGGCGGCGGGCUGGUGGCGGGCCGGGCUGGUGCUGCUGGCGGUGGCCUUGGGCGUGCGGAGCUGCCGGCUGUUGCGAUGGGCAGAGGAUGGCGCAGCUGGUUGCGGUGGUCCGUCCCCGCCAACCCCUCAUCCCUUUGGGCAGGGAAGCAGCAGAUGCUGGCACGAGGGACACCCUAAUUUCACAUCCUCGCUCCUUCUCUUGCAGCCAUGUUACCUCCGAGACUGGGAGAUGCAGGUGCAUUUUAAAAUCCACGGGCAAGGCAAGAAAAACCUGAACGGGGACGGCUUUGCCAUCUGGUACACCAAAGAUCGCAUGCAGCCAGGACCUGUCUUUGGAAGCAAGGAUAACUUCCUGGGCCUGGGAGUGUUUGUGGACACCUAUCCAAAUGAGGAGAAGCAGCAGGAGCGUGUCUUCCCGUACAUCUCGGCCAUGGUAAACAACGGCUCUCUCACCUACGACCACGACCGGGACGGCCGACCGACGGAGCUGGGGGGCUGCACGGCCAUGGUGCGCAACCUCAACCACGACACCUUCUUGGUGAUCCGUUACGUGAAGAGGAGACUGACGGUGUUGAUCGAUAUCGACGGUAAGCACGAGUGGAGAGACUGCAUCGAUGUGCCGGGCGUGCGCUUGCCCCGCGGGUACUACUUUGGGACUUCUUCUGUCACUGGAGACCUGUCAGACAACCACGACAUCAUUUCGCUGAAGCUUUACCAGCUAACAGUGGAGCGGACGCCAGAGGAGGAGAAGCGGGACAGAGAGGUGUAUCUGCCAGUUGUGGACAACCUGAAGCUGCCGGGAAUGGAGGCACCGCUGGAGCCCAUGAGCGGCCUGGCUCUCUUCUUAAUCGUUUUCUUCUCCCUUGUUGCCAUUGUUUUUGCCAUCGUCAUUGGAGUCAUUGUCUACAACAAGUGGCAGGAGCAGAGCCGGAAACACUUCUAUUGACUUGGGAACCCCCCCCCCGGGAUGGCCUGUUGCUAGUCCUUGCUAGCCAUGUCCUGACUCCCACCCAUCCCAGACUGGCCAGAAUGUGAUGGACUGACCCUCAUAGCAGGGACCCUCAUGUCCCCCUCAAAAACCCCAGCGGGGAUGUCCGCCACUUCUUAUCGGGCUCCAGAACUCCCACGCUGCUCCUGGUGGGAGCAGGGAUCCUCAGCGUGGUGUGCAAUGGACUGGGAGCUGAGCGCUGCGGGAAUGGACCUGCUGUCCUAUGGAGGAGCUUUGCUUUGUGAGUCGUUUAGGAGGACGGGCUGUGCUGUGGGGUGCCGGUGGCGCUGAGCCAUCUCUCUGCCGUACGUGGAGCCCAAAUGCGGGCAGAAGUCACCACCUCGGCUGUGAAAUCCCAGCUGAGAGGGAUGCCAGUGAGCGCCUGCUUUCCUCACCAGACUCCUACUAGUCCUUGCAGUGUUACCGUAAUCCUCACAACCUCUCGUCUCAAGCAGUUUCAUUUCCAGGAGGGAUUUUCCAAGCCAUUCAUCCCACUUCGGCUGCUUUCCAUUGCCUGCCCUUAGGCUGUCUUUGGAGACCAGACUGCUUUUCUUUAUACUUUGAAUUCCCCUGCUGCUGUGCAACCCCUCUCCGUCCCGCUCGUUGCCGAGGUUUGGUGUUUUGGGGCAGGGAAUGCUGAUGGUUUUCCCUGGUGACAAGGUAGGUCGAGCUGGGAACAUGCCUGGCUGCUGGGCUCAUCCCUUGGGGAGCAGCUGGUGCCCUCUGUGAAGCCAACCUGGGGCAGCCCCUCGCUGCAGACCUCUCCUCGGUUUGGGGUGUAACACUGGGUUCCCCAUCAUUCAUAACCAUUUGCUGCUAUGUCUCGGGGCUCGGUCCCUCUCCCCGCUCCGUAGGGCUGCCGCUGAGCAUGCCGCCGCCUCCGCACGCCUCCCGUCCUGGCGCGGCUUCCUGCACCGGUGCUGUUUGCAUGUCGUGUCAUGGCUUCUGGCAGCUUUCCCCUCGGUGCUCGCUGCAUCCCGGGGCCCCUCCAAGGAGGAUCUGAGCCUCGUGGGGCGAUUCCCCUGCCUCUCAGAGCCGGAGCUCUCGCUGCCUUUCAGGGAGUCGUAGUUUAUUCCUACCUCAGUGACUGCUUUGGUCAAUGAUUUCUCUGCGUUUCUCUUGCCAGUCGUCGCAGCCACUUUCACCCCCCCUCCCGGGACCCCAUCGAUUGCUUGCAGUGUGAUGGCACAGAAGGCCGCAGGGUCCCCAGAGGGACUCAGGAGAGGGAGAUAUUAAGUCAGUUUGUCCCAGGGGAGUCUUAGUGGCUCUGCGGACAUCAAGAGGGCAAAUUUGCUGCUCCGCCAGCCCCAUCAUUGGCAGCACCCUCCUCGCCAGUGUCCUGGGGAGCUGUGUCCCUGCCCCGCAGCUUUCCAGAAUGCUCGCACCCAGGAUGGAUCCCCGUGGGGGUCCCAGUGGUACCCAGGGCGGGGGGGGAGGACACACAUGCCCAGCCUUUUUUUGGCAGGAUGCUGUUGCUGGGUUAGGUGGGAGGUUUUUUUCAAGUGCCCAAUGGUGGUUGUGGCAUGAA